AUGUUUGAAACAAUCAAGAGCUGGUUCCAGGGGGCUGAGCAGCCUAUCAACGAGAAUAAGUGGGACGCCAAUACCGUCACCAUGCAACAACCUAAUAGCCCUGCUGCUCCUUCGAUGAAUCAGACCAUUACGCAGCAACCGGGUACUGAAUCUGCGGCCGUUCAAAUGCGGGGUGGUGGCGACUUUUGCUGUGGAGUCUGUGCUGGUCUCUGCUGCUUUGAGUGUUGCGAGUGCUGUUGCUGA